AAGGCAAAAGUAUUAAAAAUAAACACUAAUAUGGCAUAAUAAAGCUAAUAAAUAAAUGAACCUAAUACCCCUUCUUUUCAUUCAUGCAACUAAAGGUAAAUUAUUGGAAGUUCCGAAGUUAAAAAUGGAUUAAUUUUUGAUUAGCAUCCUUAUAAUAAAAGUGAGCCAAAUAAUAAAGGAUAAAAAAUUUUAUUUAGAAGUUAAUAAUUACAAAAUGAAAAUACAGUAAGUGUUUCAAAAAUGUUGGCGUAAGGUUUUUCGAAAUUAUAUUGUUAGUCCCCUCAUUAAAAAAGUCUUAAUAUAAGUAGGGAUAGACAAUCAUAUCCCAAUAAUUCAUCAAAUUAUAUAAUUUUAGAAGAAAAAAUUAAAGAAACUUCAUUAAUUUAAACAAUUGUUAGGCUUAAUUAAGAAAUAAAACAUUUAAAAAAUUAACAUUUAUUAAAAAGUCGAGAAAACUGUAAUGAAGGUGAAUUUUAGAAAGCAAUAAUUGAAGAAUAUAAAUAAAAAUACGAUAAUUUAUUUGAAGAAUACAAUUACAUUUUUUAAUAAUUAUAAGAUUUGAAUUAAAUAGUGGAAUAAUUUGAAACUGAGAACCAACAAUUAUAAAAUUCAAUUUAAAAUUUAGAAUUAAAUAAUUCUCUU